GUAUCUUUAUCCUCACCUAAGUGCUGCCAGACAUGGACAUUUUGCCUCUGCUUCUUUACCUGGGCACAGGGCUGGCGCUGUGCUGUGGAUUCAGUGUGGACGUGGAUUUGCCGACUGCCUUCCAGGUGCCAACCCGGAGCUUUGGGAGCAGCGUGGCCCAAAUCGGGAACAUGCCGUUUGUGGGGGCUCCAUUCCAAACAGGUCAAGCCAAUGAAACGGGCAAACUCUACCAGUGUGCCUACCGCACAGGUGACUGCAAGGAGAUUAAUGUCCAACGACCUGCAGACGCUGUCAACAUGUCUCUUGGCUUUUCCUUGGCUGCCCAGGCCUCUCAAGUCCUGGUGUGCGGCCCCACAGUGCAACGGGCCUGUGGGAAGAACAUGUACGUGAACGGCUAUUGUUUCCUCCUAGACCAGACUCUGCAGCAGCUCCAACGCUUUCCUGAGACCUUACCAGAAUGUGCUCCCCACCCAACCGACAUCGUGUUCUUGAUUGACGGCUCAGGCAGCAUUAGAACCAGAGACUUUAGAAGGAUGAAGGAGUUUGUUUCUAACGUCAUCACGAGGUUGUCCGGCAGGAACACGCUGUUUGCCCUCAUGCAGUUUUCGGAUGAUUUCAUGGAACACUUUGAUUUCAGAGCUGAAGACCCAGCGAGACGCGUGAUGGAUGUUGAGCAGAUUGGGGGAUGGACCCACACAGCUACUGCUAUCCACAGAGUUGUGAAUCAGCUGUUCACCCCACGUAAAGGCUCCCGUAGAGAAGCCACGAAGAUUCUUAUCGUGAUUACAGAUGGGGAGAAAGCGAGGGAUCCCUUGGAGUACUGGAAUGUGAUACCGGAGGCUGACCGAGCAGGGAUCAUCCGUUAUGCUAUUGGGGUGGGCAGGGCUUUCUCAACAACCAGAGCCCAGAAUGAACUGGACACCAUCGCCUCCAGCCCCAGCUCCGAGCACGUCUUUGCAGUACAUGACUUCGACGCCCUCCGGGGCAUCCAGGACAAGCUGCAGGACAAAAUCUUUGCCAUUGAAGGGACACAAUCCCAGAGCACCAGUUCCUUCCAGAUGGAAAUGUCCCAGGAAGGAUUCAGUGCUUUGCUGACCCCGGAUGGCCCUGUCUUAGGCGCAGUGGGAGCUUACGACUGGUCUGGAGGGGUAUUUCUAUAUCAAGGUAGCAACAGAUACCCAAGUUUCAUUAAUAUCUCCAGCACUUCUACAGAUAUGAAUGAUGCUUAUCUAGAAAGACGUGGCUUUGUGCUGGGAGCCCCCCGUUUCAACCACAUUGGCAAAGUGGUUGUGUUUGAGAAACAAGCACGAAGCCGAGAAUGGCAACUGACAGUGGAGGCCAUUGGAGAACAGGUUGGCUCAUAUUUUGGAGCAACGCUGUGUUCCGUGGACCUCGAUAGGGACUCCAACACAGACUUGGUUCUCGUUGGAGCCCCCAUGUACUAUGAUGCUGUUACAGGAGGAAGAGUUUAUGUCUGUCAUUUUAAGGAGGAAGGUCUUCAAUGCAGCACAACGUUGAAAGGGCAAGAGGGACACGUUUUUGGCCACUUCGGGGCCAGCAUGGCGGAAAUAGGUGACGUCACUGGAGACAGAUGGACAGAUGUCGUGAUCGGGGCCCCGAUGGAGGACAAGGAUAUGGGAGCCCUGUACAUAUUUGCCGGCAAAAGGACAUCGCUUAGCCUCCAGUACAGCCAGCGCAUUGAAGGCUUGCGAUUUUCCGGCGGGUUCUUCUACUUUGGCCAGUCUGUCAGCGGAGGGACGGAUCUUACGGGGGACGGCCUGCCGGACCUGACAGUGGGAAGACAAGGGCAGGUGCUCCUGCUGAGGUCUCGCCCCGUUCUGCAAGUGGGAGUGUCCGUUGUGUUCCAGCCCCCUGUCAUCCCCACCUCGGCCUUCCAGUGUCAGGGGCAGGAGCCCCAUCAGCAGGUGGCCAGUACAGUGAAGAUAUGCUUUGCUGUCACCAAGGCUACUCGGGACGCACUAGGUAACGUCUUUAGUAACCUUCAGUACGGCCUGGCCCUGGACUCCGAGAGAAGCAAGAUCCGUGCCUCUUUCAGCAAUAAAUCCCCUGUUCUGAAUGGGGGCUUUCGGACUGGCCUUGAGCAAAAAUGCCAGAAUCACCAGAUUGAAUUGCCUAUCUGCAUCAAGGAUACCCUGACCCCGAUUACCCUACGGCUCAAUUACAGCCUCCAAGGGAUGCCCAUUGCUGAAGCCCAAGGUCUGCGCCCUGUCCUGCGGGAAGGAUCCCAGCAAGUCUACAUAGCACAGCUGCCCUUUGAAAAGAACUGCGGCACUGACGGGAAAUGUGAAGACCGUUUGCAAACCUCGUUUAAUUUCUCAGGUUUGGACACUCUGGUUGUGGGCCUGACUCCGGAGCUCAACGUGAUAGCUUCUGUCCAGAACUAUGGGGAGGACUCCUACAGCACCACUCUGCGCUUCUUCUACCCAGCAGGAGUGUCGUACCGCAAAGUCACAUUGCUGCAGCCCAGCAGGAAGGUCAUGAGCGUGAAAUGCAACUCGGCUCCUGCGUCCGAAGAAGAUGCUGAGCGAAAUGCCACCUGCAACAUCAACCACCCGAUCUUCUGGAGUGGGGCAGAGGCCACCUUUGUCGCCACAUUUGACGUUUCCCUGGAUGCUGAUCUGGGGGACACUCUGCGGAUCAUGGCCAAAGCCAACAGCGAAAACGGUGGCGACGUCACUGCAGACAUGGUUCAUCAGGCAGAGUUGCCUGUCAGAUAUGCUGUCUACGUCAUUGUCACGGCCGCUGAAGAGUCUACCAAGUAUGUCAACUUCACAUCCAGUCAGGGAGAAGCCAGCGCUAGUGUGGAACAUCGAUAUGAGGUGAAGAACCUCCGUAAGCGAAGUAUCCCCAUCUUAGUCACAUUUCAGAUCCCUCAGAAGCUGAACGGGAUACAGAUCUGGAAUGUGUCUCGGGUCAUCCCCUCCAAGCUUCCACAGCCUCAACUUGCUACCUGUGUUUUGGAAAGAGAAACGGCGGGUGACCAGGAUGUUGAGGAGAAACUGAAAAAGCACCCCCUUGUGGACUGCUCAGUGGCUACCUGCAAGACAAUCCGGUGUGACAUUCUGUCCCUGAAGAUGUGGCAGCCGGUGGAGUUCACAGUCAAGGGCAACAUCAGUUUCCAGUGGGCGUCUCAGACACAACAGCAGAAACUGAUCCUAGUGAGCUCUGCGCAAAUUUCCUACGACAAUCAAAAAUAUACCCAGAAGGAGGGGUUUGUGAGCCAGCAGGUGCAGACAGUGGUGGAGCGCAUUGAGGUCUACAACUACCUGCCUGCCAUCCUUGGGGGGACCUUUGCAGGGCUUGUCCUUCUGGCCAUCAUUGCUGCAGCCCUCUAUAAGGUGGGGUUCUUCAAGCGUCAGUAUAAGGAGAUGCUGAGUGAUGCCGGGGAGGGCGACGGAGCCCCGUCCCCCGCCCAGGAAGGCACCGACUCCUCUCCCCCCGACAAAGGCAAUGUCUACUAACAGCCCUCCUGGGUCCUCUGACACUUGACCGGGGCGCUCGUGGAAGAGGACGGGGAGGAUCCCGUUUGCCCACCCAAAAAGGAUCAAAGGAGCUGUGUCCACAAAAGCCACGUGGGACCCCUGGGCUGCAGGAGGGAGGGGACCUGGGUGAGAUGGAGCCGAAAAGCUGGCUGGAUCCAGCCCCAGGACUUUGUUGCGGUAGUGCGUUGGCAGAAAUGUUGUGGCACUUUCAAACUCUGUCUUUGCAUAUGGGAAGCAUUGUGAGUGUGAUUUUUUUUUUUUUAAGUCUCACUGUGGUUAGGAGCGUGAACUCUCAUC